UUGUUUGCUUCACAAAUGAAUCGAAAAGAACCUUUAACUCAAUUCAUCCAGCAGAUCCAUGGGAGACCUGUGGUUGUUAAAUUGAACAGUGGUGUGGAUUACAGAGGAGUUUUGGCUUGCCUAGAUGGAUAUAUGAACAUAGCUCUUGAGCAGACUGAAGAGUAUGUUAACGGUCAACUCAAAGAGAAAUAUGGGGAUGCCUUUCUAAGGGGAAAUAAUGUUCUUUACAUCAGCAGUCAGAAACGCCGUUAUAAUUAAGUUGCAGAUAUCUGUAAUUUAUUGUAUAUUCUGUAAUAUAUGAUUUUUUACUAAUAAAAAACCCAUAAACCAGU